ACAGAUAUACACACAUAAUCAGAAACAUAUUGUAGUUAAAAGAUAAAAAUGGCUACUAACAAGUGGAGUAUCAUCUUCCUCCUAGCAAUGGUAGCAUCUCUAGCUACUUCAGUUUCAGCCAAGGUGUUUAUUGUUGGUGACGACAAAGGUUGGACUCUCAACUUCGAUUAUCAAGCUUGGGCCAAUGGCAAAGAAUUCGUCGUUGGAGAUAAACUUGUUUUCAGAUAUCCGACUGGACAACACAAUGUGUUCCGAGUCAAUGGAACUGUUUUCCAACAGUGCAUGAUUCCUCCUGCUAUCGAAGCUCUGACCAGUGGAUAUGAUGUGAUAACUCUAGCAACCCCAGGAAGAAAAUGGUACAUCUGCGGAGUUGGAAAGCAUUGUGAGUUGGGUGGUAUGAAACUUUUCAUCAAUGUCCUCCCUCAAUCAAUGCCUCCAGUUCCUUCGGCUUCUCAUCCUCCUUCAGGCAAGGUGUUUGUGGUUGGAGAUGAUAAAGGCUGGACAUUGAACUUCGAUUACCAAGCUUGGGCCAGUGGCAAGGAAUUCGUUGUUGGAGAUAAACUUGUUUUCAAAUAUCCGGCUGGAAAACACAAUGUGUUCCGAGUCAAUGGAACUGUCUUCCAACAAUGCAUGAUUCCUCCUGCUAUUGAAGCUUUGACCAGUGGAUACGAUGUGAUAACCCUAGCAACCCCAGGAAGAAAAUGGUACAUCUGUGGWGUUGGAAAGCAYUGUGARUYGGGUGGUAUGAAGCUUUUCAUCAAUGUUCUCCCUCAAUCAAUGCCUCCAGUUCCUUCGGUUUCUCCUCCUCCUUCRGGCAAGGUGUUUGUGGUUGGAGAUGAUAAAGGCUGGACCUUGAACUUUGAUUACCAAGCUUGGGCCACCGGAAAGGAAUUCGUUGUGGGAGACAGACUUGUCUUCAGAUAUCCAAUGGGAAAACAUAAUGUUUUUAGAGUAGAUGGAACUUCCUUUCAGCAAUGUACCAUCCCUUCUGCUAAUGAAGCUCUAACCAGUGGAUAUGACGUGAUCACCCUAGCAACCCCAGGAAGGAAGUGGUAUAUUUGUGGUGUUGGAAAGCAUUGUGAGAUGGGCCUGAAGCUUUUCAUCAACGUAGUCCCUCAAUCAGCGUAUGCAUAUCCACCUCCUCCAUACCAUGGAAUGAGAAAACUUGCACCACCAAAAUUCUAGGCUUCAAAAUUGCCUUCAAUUCUCUUGCGCUGUUAACAGUGCUACGAUAUGAUUUCGUUACACUCUGGUGAUCAUUGUAAUAUUUAUCAUCAUAUAU